CUGUACACGGCUCCCAGCAUGCUUAAUCCAGCUGGCUUCAGUGAUAUCAAGGAUUUAACAUCUCUAUUUGUAAAGAUUGCAGAUGAACUAGGUCUUAAAACCAUGAUUUCUCGACCCUCCAUUGACAACUACCAACAGUUCUCCGAGACCAUAGUACCACAAGAGAUGACCAAUCAAGCGAUUGCAUGGAUGCCAAGGCCGCCUACAAAUGUGCCCUGUCCCGCCGGCCUUGAAUACUUGGUGUCCUUGGAUAAACUUGUUGUGAAACAAAAGAAGGAAAUGCUCGAAAUUUUCACGGGUUGGGAGACCGAAAACAAAUACGUUGUCUUGAAUGCUCUUGGACAGCAAGUUUUCUUUGCGAAGGAAGAUUCGCCAACCCUCGCCCGAAUGUUCCUGGGACCCGGGCGGGCGUUCGAAAUAAAGUUAGACGACAGCACGGGAACUAAACUCUUCCGGCUGUUUUGCGAUGCUCCUAUUUGUUGUAAAUGGGUUAUUUGUAGGUGCAGUACUGCCUGCUUGGAUGAAGUAGAGGUUAAGUGCCCGACAGGUGGUACUCUCGGCUAUAUUCGGCAGCAGCAUAGGGGCUGUGAGACCCUCUACUUUGUCAAAGAUGCAUCCGGCAGCACACUGCUGCAAAUCCAGGGACCCUCUCUAUGUUGCAACUUUUCUUUUAUGGGAACCAAUGUGUCCUACAAAGUUCUAACUGCCGAUGGAGAGCACACAAUCGGUGAGAUUUCGAAGGAAUGGAAAGGUUUUUUACAAGAGUAUAUGACCGAUGCGGACACGUUUGCUGUCACCUUUCCAAUGGAUUUACAAGUGAAGGCCAAGGCCCUUCUUAUGGGAGCAACGUUCCUUAUAGUAUGUUACACCAAGCACCCCCCCUGUCAUUCCUUCUUUGCAUCAGCUCUAUUUAUUACGGUCAUAGACCGGUUUCAUUCAGAGCUAACCAAAAUUUGA